AUGGACGCUCCACGCUCUCCAUCUACCUCUCGAUCACGACGAUCCUACCCUAACCUCCACAAUCUCUCUCUCGCACCCCUCAGCUCCAAAUAUCCACUCGAUGCCUCCGUACCCUCCACGCCAGACGAGGACGUGAGCGGCACACGCACACCGCGCACAUCCUACAUCGCCCAAAAGUCGGCGCCGACUACACCAGGCAUACUCAGCCUCUCUCAAAGCAGGAGCGCAUCUCGCAAUGGCCGUCGUUCGAAAGCAUAUGCCUACGACAGCUACUUCAUGUCUGAGAGGAGCGACGUAAGAGAUGCAGGCGACAUUCCAAAAGCGAAGAGCACAAACACUCUGCACCCUGGUGUGAGCUUUGCAGAACCGACGGGGCCGCUUGAACACAAGAAACACCACACACGCAAACACACCGCCCCACUCCCUCUCCGCAUGCCCCUCCACCGACACCACACCAGCGAAAGCAACGACGACUGGCUCCACCGCGCCGGCCUCGCCAUCGCCGGCGAAACACGCGACGCUCGAGGCCAGGGCUGGCUAGUACGAAGAGAGAGCUCGACGUCUCUCGUCGGACAGAGCAACGACUUCGAGCACCACGCCUCGCACGACGCACGGCACAAAGCCCUGCUGUCCGGCGAACACAUGCCCGACACCAACCAGGGCGACUACCCGACCUUCUCGCCGCGCAUGAGCCGCGCGGGAAGCAGACUGCAAAGCCGAAUCGGCAGCCGCGUCCCCAGCGCGCGCCAGAGCCGCAGAGGGAGCCGCGUCGGCUCGCGCAUCGACCUCGCCAUGUCCGGCCUCCCUUCCUCGUCGGCACGGCACAGUCUCGACACGGACGGUGACGAGGCGCCCAUCGAGCCCGAUUUCGUCGAAGCAGACGAGGACGAGGGUCCCGACGACGAGGAAGAGGUGGCGCGGCUGGCGCGCGAGCGCGGAUUCGGGCUGGGCGGGUGGAUGGAUGCGCUGAUCGGAUGGACGCUGUUCUCCGUCGACGAAGAUGGCGAGGUGUCGAGCGACGAGGAGGAGGAUGGCGGCGCAGAGCACGCGCCGAGCCUGACCAGGGACGAGGCGAAGUUGAUGAGGGAGGUGGAGGCGAAGAGACGGAAGAUGGAGAGGGAGAGCAUCGUUGCUGCCAGUGCGCUGAGCGUGCACGAUCAAGCUGGCGAUGAGGGUGGGGAGGUCAAGAUGGAUGUGCCGAAGCCGCCAGAGGGACAGGAGGCGGGUGGCUGGCAGGAUGCUGCGUGGUUGUUGAGCGUUGCGUCGAAAGCCUUGUUUUAG